AUGAUUUUCAAUCCAAAAAUUCUCAAUCCUGUAUUAUGGAUUGAUCCUCUUAUCUCACCUGGUGAAAUAUGUCACAAGUGGAAGCCUCCUGUGCCAGGUAGCUUUAAACUGAAUACAGAUGGGGCUGUGAAAGAAAGCCCCGGACCAGGAGGCCUUGGAGGUGUUAUCAGAACCAUAGAGGUGACUCGAUCAUUGGCUUUUAUCAGCAAAGAGGCCCAUGAUAACUCAAUCCUGGCAAGGUUAUUAAUGGAGAAGCUGGGAGCAGCGAUGCCAACAGACAUAUUUCGGGAGCAGAAUAAAGUGUCAGACAAGCUUAGCAAGGAAGGUCUCUAGUGCAGUGCUUUCAGAGAUCCAACCUUUUUGAUAGUUCCUCCAAUGUUAGAAAAUACAAUGGCGGAAGAACACGAAAUUGAAGAAGGAGAAAUUUAUGAUGAUUCUCACAUUGAUUUAUUGAAAAUUCAAAAGGAAGAAAACGAAGUUGAAGGAGAAAUAUAUGAUGAUUCUCAUAUAGACAUUGAUGCUAAGAUUCAAACUGUUUCAUGCGAUUAUAUGAAAGAUUUUGAAGGAGCUGUUUCUGCUGAGAAUUUGGGGCCAAAAUUUGGUGUUAAUGGUUCGUUUUGGCGAGUGAUCAACUUGUAAUUCAACCACAAAUAUCUCAAAAAAUCCCUACCCCUCUUUCUUCUCACAAUCCCAUUAGGAUUAGGAUUAAGUUUAGUUCUUCUGAUAAUACUGCUGCUCCGAAGACUAGUGAUUUACACACUGCUGCUGAGAAGACACACGGCCCAGAGCUGACUACUGGGGAUAUGCCACAAGUUGUUCCUUUCAUUAUACAAGGAGAUUCGAUUCGCUGUUGUACAUGUCGGAAGUGGAGGCUUCUGCCAUAUGGCAUAAAACCCCAUCAAUUGACUCAGAGUUGGGCUCUGUACUAUGUUAGACUGGCUUCCUGGCAUGAACUGUUGUAACAUUAGUGAGGACCAUACAACGAAGGCUCUACAUUUCCUGUACCAAAGUCUCAUUCAAAGUAACUUCCAAAAUCGUGGUGCUAAGGGUUCGGUUGAUGUAAAAGCAUAUAACGGAAGGGAAGUUUCAGUAAAGAAAAGAAAAUCAAGGGAACAAGACUAUUUAGGUAAUAAAUUGGGUGAAAGUGAUGCCAAUGCUUUUGAGAGGAAAUUCAGAAAACAGAAGAAGUCUAAGGUGAUUCAGACCGAAGAAAAAAAAUCCAGUAGAAGCAAGGGUGAAGGGAAAUCGAGAAGGAGAGAUACAGGAUUCAAAGAUUCUGCUCAUAUAGAGAGAGAACACAAGACGAACAAGUAUAGAGUAAGCAUCAGUCUCAAGCAGAAUCUGGCAUGAUCCGCAAACCAGUUUACAAGAAGGCCAUUGGAUAUGAGAAGGUUGCGAGGCCCUACAUUGCAAUUUCAUAGAGGAAUUACUGUAUUAGCAGUCAUGGGUUCUUUUUUCUUGUUUUCUGUUAAAUUUGUUUAUAUGUUGAUAGUAUAUGAAAAAUAAGCAACUGAUUCUGCUUCGCAAGUUUACUUUAUGUACUUUGGAGGUUACUUGAAGGCUUCUAAUCCCAAUUGUAUACCCUUAGCUACUAUAUUAAUUAAAUAUCCAACUUCUAGGAACCUUUGUUUUGAGGAUAAUUAUCUCGUAAUAUUCUUUAACUGUCUAACAGUCUAAGAGGUCUUAAGUGGACGAAGUACGUACUAGUAAUCAAAGAAGACAAAUUAGAGAAAAAAAAUUGCCUCGAGAACAAUAUGAAGAGAAAACCUAAGAAUGGUGUUUUGUAUGCUUUAGUGCGAUGAACAAAUUGAUAAAUCCUUAGUUGUGUAUCAUAACUAUCUAUUGGCAGGUACUUUGCAGCUUGACACAUCCUAGUCAUGAUUCUGUAGGUAGCA